AUGCCGUUGCCUCCAGCUGAGGCGCCCUCAUCGAAGAAGCAGCGCGACGAUAGGGCUUCCCAGAGAGCUGCGGUUCGAGAUCAAGCCCCGCACAAGCAAGGUCUUCGCAAUCAGGCUCGUCGUGAUCAAGCGCUGCUUGAAAAGACGCGUCGGAAGAAGCCCGCUGCCGCCAAGGGCUCUCACCAGAAGGCGCUCCGCCGAGACAUGCAACUAAUGCGUCGCUUUAGCACCAGGCUCAAUGCCGCCAAUUCCCCUCUUCUUCGCCUUCCCGCCGAACUCCGCAACCUCGUUUACGGCUACGUCUUCGAGGACAAUCGAUACGAGCUCGGUGGUUACCUAUUCACCGGCAAAAGGCCCGAAGAAGGGAACACACUUAUCUGGCGAAAGUUGGAAACCAACGCUCUUGGUUUACUCCUUGCUUCCCGUCAGCUUCAUGCUGAAACCGCGUUACUUCCUUACAAGCUCGGCGUUUUCCAUUUUGAGUUUGAGGAACCCGACUUCGAUGAAGAUGAGUGGUAUGAGGAGGUACUGCAAGAUUUCUUCGGUGCUAGGUCCCGAAAGCAGAUAGCUGCAAUUGCUACAAUGCAAGUCAGCACAGAGCAGAUGUAUGGCACCAUGUGGGAAAAGACUCAGACUGGGGUUGAAUGGGCGCAGGAAUUCCAAGGUUGCUUGCGUGGUGAUGCGUGGUGA